UUUCAACGAGAAGACGCCUUCUAACAACUCCACUUUACAUUUCUGUAGAAGAGGCUUUAAAAAAUACAACUUUUGACAUUUUACUACGAAUUCCGUGACCUAAUUGACUUUUGGAUCAAUACAUCAAACUUUUACGCACGGAAUAUAAAGGCGUUUUUUGGAUAUCUAAUAUGAGGAUACGUUGGGUGUAAUUGGAUUGUACGCAGUGGGACCAUGGCUGCUACGAAGCGGACGCUACAGGUGCUUGGCUACGUCCUGCUCCUCUCGUGCUCUCGGAUGCGGCUCUCGAGCGCUCAAACACAACGAGUUUGUAUGGGGACACAGAACGGCCUGAGCACGACGGGGAAGUCUGACAUUCAAUUCAACAUGAUGAAGGAGCGUUACAGUGGCUGUGAGAUCGUCAUGGGCAACCUGGAAAUCACCAUGAUGGAGCAUUACAGAGACUUCUCCUUUCUACAGUCCAUUCGUGAGGUGACGGGCUACAUCCUGCUGGCGUUGAAUGAGUUUAGCCGUCUGCCUCUGGAGCAGCUCAGAGUGAUCCGGGGCAGCGCUCUGUACGAGGACCAGUACGCUUUAGCUGUGAUGGUCAACUACCAGAAGGAAGGACACCGCGGAUUGCAAGAACUGGGACUCACUCACCUCACAGAAAUCCUGGAGGGAGGAGUGAAGAUCAUCCAAAACAAAUACCUGAGUUAUGCUCCGAAGGUGAACUGGCUUGACAUAGUGAAGGAUGGCAGCGCCCACAUCAUGAUCCAGGACAACGGGCCGGACAAGCCCUGUCAUGAAGUCUGUGGUGAAGUUGGAUGUUGGGGUCCAGAAACUGACAAGUGCCAGACCUUGACUAAGACAGUGUGCGCUCCUCAGUGUAACGGCCGGUGUUUUGGGCGCAGUCCCAAGUGUUGUCAUAAUGAGUGUGCUGGAGGAUGCACCGGGCCACUGGACACAGACUGCUUUGCCUGUAGGAGGUUCAAUAACUCUGGGUCGUGUGUUCGAGAGUGUCCUCAGGCUUUACUCUACAACAAAAACACCUUCAGGAUGGAGGCCAAUCCCAAUGCCAAGUACCAGUACGGCUCCAUCUGUGUCGCCCAGUGCCCAACAAACCUUGUUGUUGAUGGGAGCUCAUGUGUGGUGAGCUGUCCUCCUGGAACGAUGGAGGUCGAAAAGAACGGAGUCAAGAGAUGCCAACCCUGCGCUGGCCUCUGUCCAAAAGCAUGUCAUGGGACGGGGACUACAGAUCGGCAAACUGUAGAUGCCUUCAACAUCGACAGCUUCAUAAACUGCACCAAGAUCCAGGGCAGUCUGCACUUCCUGGUCACUGGAAUCAAAGGUGAUGAGUUCAAUAAAGUUCCACCACUUGAUCCAGAGAAACUAAAAAUCUUCAACACUGUUCGAGAAAUUACAGAUAUUUUGAGUAUCCAGUCAUGGCCAGAGAACAUGACUGACCUGUCCGUCUUCUCAAACCUCGAGACAAUUGAAGGACGAAGUCUCUACAAACCCAUGAGCAGUAAAAGGAGCUACUCUCUGAUGGUGAUGAGGAUCCCGUCUCUCACGUCUCUGGGGCUGAGGUCUCUGAGGCGGAUCAACGAUGGCAGCGUUUACAUCACAGGAAACAAACAGCUGUGCUACCACCACACACUCAACUGGAGCCACAUCUUCAACAGCAACGUCAAGAAGAGACAGAAGCUCGUCGACAUCAAGGACAACUGCCCCCAAAAGACAUGUGCUGCAGAGGGGCAUGUAUGUGACCCCCUGUGCUCUGAUGGGUGCUGGGGCCCUGGUCCUGAUCAAUGUGUGUCCUGUCGAAACUACAGCCGAGGAGGAACCUGUGUGUCUGAGUGCAUGUUUCUCUCUGGUGAGCGUCGUGAGUUUGCAAGUUCGUCUGGGGAGUGUCUGCCCUGUCACUCUGAGUGUAAAGUGCAGGAGGGAAAAGAGACCUGCCACGGCCCGGGGGCAGACCAGUGCGUGUCCUGUGCAAACUAUCAGGAUGGCCCUCACUGCGUGCCCUCGUGCCCUCAGGGGCUGAUGGCUGGAGAGGGUGUCAUCUUUAAAUACCCCAACAAAGCGGGUAGCUGUGAGCCCUGCCACUCCAACUGCACCCAGGGAUGUUCAGGUCCAGGACUCAAAGACUGCAUUGGGAUGGCAACUCUGAACAUCACUGCGAUCGUCCUCGGGGUCAUUGCACUGCUGUUCGUUGGCUUCUCUGUCUUCGUUCUCACGGUUUUGUAUCGUCGAGGUCUUGCCAUCCGUCGCAAACGGGCCAUGAGAAGAUACAUGGAGAAUGGAGAGAGAUUUGAGCCGCUGGACCCUGGAGAGAAAGGACCUAAAGUCUGCGCCCGGAUCUUGAAGCCAUCUGAGCUCAGGAAAAUCAAGCCUUUGGGGAAUGGAGUGUUUGGAACAGUGCAUAAAGGGGUGUGGAUUCCUGAGGGGGACACAGUGAAACUUCCUGUGGCCAUAAAAACCAUUCAUGACAGAACAGGACGACAGACUUUCUUUGAGCUCACAGAUCACAUGAUGAUGAUGGGGAGCCUGGACCACAUAAAUGUGGUGCGGAUCCUGGGUAUCUGCCCCGGGGCAGGUUUGCAGCUGGUGACUCAGCUCAGCUCUCAGGGCUCUCUGCUUGAGCAUGUCCGAAAACACAGGAACAAACUCACCCCUCAGAGGCUGCUCAACUGGUGUGUGCAGAUCGCCAAGGGCAUGUAUUACCUGGAGGAGAACAGGAUGGUGCAUAGAAACCUGGCAGCUCGAAAUGUGCUCCUGCGAAACAACUACACGGCUCAGAUCUCAGACUAUGGAGUGGCCGACCUGCUCUACCCUGAUGAUAAGAAGUACUACUACAAUGAGGCUAAGACUCCGAUCAAAUGGAUGGCCUUAGAGAGCAUCCUCUUCCGUAGAUAUACACACCAGAGCGAUGUCUGGAGCUACGGUGUGACGAUCUGGGAGAUGAUGUCUUAUGGGGUGGAGCCAUACACAAACAUGCGUCCACAGGAAGUGCCCGACCUCCUGGAGAAAGGAGAAAGACUUUCACAGCCCCAAAUCUGCACCAUUGACGUUUACAUGGUCAUGGUCAAAUGUUGGAUGAUCGAUGAGAAUAUCAGACCCACAUUCAAAGAAUUGGCCAGUGAAUUCACCAGAAUGGCCAGAGACCCACCUCGAUACCUAGUCAUCAAGGAGGACUGCUCUCAGCCUGACUCGGCUUUAGAUGAACAGGCUCAGCGCAGUGUGGACCUGGAUGAGCUGGAGGAGCUGGACUUUGCUCUGGACCCUGAGGAGGAUCUGGACACAGUCUCUGUUUCUCCCCCCCAAUAUCUGCCCAGUCUGUCCCGCCUCUCGCGCGUGGACAGGGUGCAGAUUCCAACAGCUGGUGAGACUGGUUAUCUCCCUAUGACCCCUGGAGUGGAUGUCAAUGCACAGUCUCUGUUCCAGUCCCGCUCGCGUCAGGACUCCACUCGGACAGUUUCAGAGAGCUCGGAGGGCGGUGGGGGGGUGGUGGAGCUGGAGAGUGAGGAUGUGUCAGUAGGGAGCAGUCUAAAACAGAGGAGGCAGAGAGAGGACAGCGCCUACAUGUCUCAGAGGGACAGUCUGUCAGGGGGGCCAACUGAGACCCCUUCUCCUGAACUAGAGGAGGAGGACGACAAUGGAUAUGUGCUGCCACGGGACAGUCCGGAGAGAGACACUUUGCUCUCUCCACCACGCGGCCUCUCCAUCAAGUCCAUCAGAAAUUACCCAUCAGCCCCUCUCCUGGACGACCCAGACGACACUGAAUACGAAUAUAUGAACAGACAGCGAUCUACAACUUCAAUCCGCAACAGCAGCCAGCGCAGUAAAACCAGCAAUAAGAAAAUACGUACCUCUUCUUUGUCAUCAUAUGCAACUACCAGCUCUGGAGACAUCACACCUACUCCAGAACUUAGAGGCUCUUUCAAUGGACCAGACUUGGACCAGUUUGGGUCUAGUGAAGUCCAGUAUGAAUAUAUGGAUAUAAGAGGGAAUGGCGACUCCCCACCUACUCAUGACCCACCUCCUCCUCCCCCAAAAAUUGAUAUUGAUGAAGACGAUUAUGAUGAAGAUUACCACUACACAAACCGACAACCCAAGCUUCACCAAGCACUGCAAGAUCGAAACCAAUUCAGGAUAAAGGGAGCAGAGGAAGAGGAGCAAUACGAAGAUAUGGAUUCCUAUACAGUGAUGCGGAGAGGUGAUGCGGUGGUCUAUCAAAAUUUAGGUAGAGAGGGGCCAAGUUUGGAGGGCAGUAGGAGCGGAUUUGAUGCCUAUGUGAAGGUGAGAGCAGGAGUUGGGAUCGGAGAUGCAGCUUCGGUUGAUAGAUCAUUUGAUAAUCCCGAUUACUGGCACAGCAGAAUGUACAUGAAGAGCAAAGCGGUGCCCACAUGAAGAAAACUGUUAGAAAACCUGUUAGGGAAGGAUCAGUGGUUAGUUAGGCAUCCUUUAUUUCUUGUUUAUAGUGAGGACGAGGUAAAGACAAGUUCUCAUGGGCAGAGGAUGGGGAUUUGGCCAGUGCACUCUCAUAGCCAUUUAAUAAAACAUACAAACUCACCUAAAAUGUUCAAAUGGCACGACAAAGUAUCUAAAAUGUCAUCUUCCAAAGGCAUUGAAGGAUAUGUCAAGUGUAGAGUACUUAAUCAAUAUGGGCACACAACUGUACCUAUACCUGGCAAAGUCAUACAGUCACUGCAAAAAGGUUUGAUUCUUGGGUGAAAAUUAUUCAACUCAUUCAACCAUGUUCUUGGUUUAUAUCUCACCUGCCUGAUUGUGAAACCAUAUGCACAGAAUAUCUGCCACUCCUCUGUCAUUCUGCUCCUAUAUUAGUGAAAGAUGAAUACAGGGUAAAGAACACCAAGAACAUGAACACAUAAAUAAAAUUCAAUAAAAAACACUCCACUCCCAAGGAAAAGAAGCAAGGAUGCAGACUUAACUUCUUUGAGCCCUGGACCCUGUGUCUCGCCACUGAGCUGUAUUAAUGAAGGACUAAAGCUGGAAAUGCAAUCCAAACCAAGCCGAUAAUGUAGCUACACAUUUUUACUCAACAAUGUACAUAGAUUUAUUUUCUUUAUGGACUGACAGUAUCUUUUAUAUUAUACAGGUGGACAACGGGCAUUUCCCAAACUAACAGCACUGAGUUGUGACACUAAUAAGAGAUGUACCAAGCUAUUUUUGUGUGUUGUUUACAGAAAGAAAUGAACAACAAUAUGUCUUUGAAGAACAAAUGAAUUUUUAACUUGUUUAUACAGUGUAUUUUGUUCACAAAUGUUUUGUAUUCAAUAAAGUAUUUUGAAUAUGGA